AGAGAGAGAGAGAGAGAGAGAGAGAGAGAGAGAGAGAGAGAGAUUUUCCCUGCAACCUCAUUCUGUCACUAGCGAGAGAGAAACACACACCACACACUCGCUCUCAGCCUUCAAUUUGUCCAUACAUCUCAGUACAAGCAAUGGCCGUUGUGGAAAGGCUGCCCGUCCCAUGCCUCAAGUUAGGGGAGGGACCUCAUUGGUUGCCUCAAGAGAACUGUCUCCUGUUUGUUGACGUCUUCACGAAAGCCUUGAGGAAGUACAACGUGGACACCAAGAAGGAGGAGGUUUUGUACUUAGAUGACCCAGACGCACAUAGAGCAGCGAUGGUCAUGCCUGUGGAAGGGGAGGACCAAGUGUAUAUGGUCGGCCUAGGCAAAACCCUCUCAGUCGUUCGCUGGCCCAAGGGGGUUACUGACUCUCGUCCCGUGAAGCUGCAAGUUGUGUACCGGACAGAGGAUCCGCAUAUGAAUGAUGGGAAGUGUGAUGGGAAGGGAAGGCUCUGGUUUGGCACCAUGACCUACCUGGACGAGAAGGAGGUACCAGCGGGUCACGAGGACUCCUCUCUGUACAGGUGUGACCACAAUCUGCAAGUCACACUCUGGAAAGACAAGGUGACAAUAUCCAACGGGCUGGCAUGGAGUUUGGACCACAAGUUUCUGUACCACGUAGACUCCACACCGGGACUCAUUUACGUGUUUGAUUACAACCUGGAGGAGGGUACGGCAGUAAACCCCCGUGUUCUCUUCAGCUUCAAAGAGAACGGACUAGGGGAUCAGUCACCAGAUGGCAUGACAAUCGACGCUGAUGGUAACUUGUGGAUUGCUUGCUUUGGUGGCGGACAGGUUAUCUGCGUAAACCCUGUCACUCGCAAGAUAGUCAAGAAAGUAUCCGUCCCUUCACCACACGUCACAUCUGCCUGCUUCGGGGGACCAGACUUGGCUACUCUGUUCAUCACAACUGGGACACUGAGACUGAGUGAAGAGGAGAAAACGCAGUACCCAGAGGCGGGGUCCACGUAUGCCGUGACUGGGCUGGGCGUGAAGGGACUCCCAGCUAACGUCUUCAAGUGCGAUGUAGGCAAACUGAAGGAGGUGAUGAACCAGUGAGGCUGUGCAGAAAUCAAGUGGUGAAGAGAGAAGGUUUAUGGGAGAAAAUGGAAGAAAUGGAAGAAAUAUAGAAGAAGAAAAAAGAAGAAAAAGAUGAUGAUGGUGAUGAUGAAGAAGAAGAAGAAACAGCAACACCAAAAACAACAACAAUUACAGUAUCAGCAGCAGUAAUAACACCACCACCACCACCAACAACAACCACAACAACAAAUUAACAAAGAAAGAAAAGAAAGAAAAAAAGUAACAACAACAAGAACAAUAAAAAUAACAACAAAAAAAAAAAAAACGAGUCUUGACAACAACAAUAAUGCUAAUAAUAAAAAUAAUAAUCAUCAUCAUUUCCUCUGAAGAAGCUAUAACGGCGAAACUAGUCAGGAAUAAAAUACACACACAUCCACAA